CGAGUCUUGACACCAUCGAGCUUAAUUGUUACGACUAGGACGAAAAGAACGUCGUCAACGAACAACGGCCAUCAUCGUGAGAUGGGAAAUACCGCAUCAAACACCAAUCAAAGCUCACGCUCACCUGUCCCGAGCAGAAGAAUUGAUUCAUCUGCGCGUCGACAAGCUCCCUCACAUUCACCAUCACCCAAUCCCCAUCAACCUCAUCGCUCGUUACGGACAAAGAAAAAAUCGCUCGAGCUUCCAGAUCUUGCAUCACUUUCCCUAACACCAGCAGCAUCAUACCACAACUCUGGGAAUUCUUCCCCCUUAUCACCCUACCGUCGACCACUGAGAACAACUUCCCCAAUCCCGAUUCCGAUUCCUGCUUUGAACAAUGGGACAAUGAAUAAUGCCUCAAAUACAGGCACUUCCCCUCGCGGGCGUCGGCCGGAUUUGAAAGGCGCCCCAAACAGAGUUACUGAUACGGGAAACUACUCGGCAGAACUUCUCUUGGAUCACCCUCCAUCUACGCAUAUCCCGGUGCAACAUAGCCACCGCCCGCGAGGGAGCCCUUACUUCAGAGGCGCACCCCUGCAGUAUAAUUCCACUCAUUCUUUCCCUUUGCGCGAUCAAUCUGCUCAGCCUCGUAUGCAAGAGCUCUACGCCGAAAGUGAGAUUGAGGCAUCUGAACAACCUGAUCCAUCUGGUUUCGUUCAAGAGACCGUGCAUUCAACCAUCCCACUCGCCCUUCACAAAGCAGAAGAGGAUAUAACCAAAUCGGCAAAUGCUGACACCGACGGGGAGAAUGGCCAACUGAUGAAUCUAUCAAAUCAAUCACAUGAGGAACCAAAAGAACCUGUCCCUGUGAAGAUUACAUGGAAUGGUGGUGGGAAGAGCGUAGUCUUAGUUCGUGCUGGAGACGAUGAUUGGAAAGGUCGUCUGCCUAUGGAGCCCGAUGAUCCAUCGAGCGACAAAUCGUGGUCUGCAUUGGUACCACUCAUGCCUGGUACUCAUCAUAUUCGAUUCAUCGUCGAUGAGCAAUGGCGAGUAGCAGAUGACUUGCCUACUGCCGUUGAUGAUGAAGGUAGUCUUGCAAAUUACGUCGCUGUUCCUAUUUCCGGCUUGACUCCACCCCACGUGUCGUCUGCUGUCCCUGCUACAUCGGGGCGCCACCCACACCCUCAUGCACACUCCUUUUGGUCAACAACAAGCUCUACGCACGGUUCCAUUAUGGAUACAUCUUCAAGCGAUCCAAAGGGUAUGUUUGCAAAGUGGACGGAUGAAAUCCCUGCAGGGCUUAUGGCAGCUGCUCGGGAGGAAGAAGCCUAUUUAGCGUAUUCAGCUGGUCCCGAGUACGACCAGACACCUUAUCAACAUGUCCCUACUCCCAACAUUCCACCUGCCCCUGGACUGCCACGGCAUCUUGAUAAACUGAUACUGAAUGCGAAACCUGGGCAAUCUCCUGCAGGGAACAGGGGCAGGGAACGUGAUCGGGAACGUGAACGUGAAAGGGAGCGCGAAAGCAAACGACGACAGGGACGAUCCCUUUUGGGAAUGACGAGCACCGUUGCUCGUGAGCUUCACAAGGAAGACAGAACUACAGAACUAGAAGCUCCUACAAUUCCUAUUACUACGGCAAGCGGCACGGAUGUAACCAGCGUGCAUCUGGCAGCCCCUGCGCAUACUCGGUUAGGUCUUGAUGGUCCUGGGCUCAGCGACGACGCUAGCGUUCUCCCUGUUCCAUCUCAUGUUGUGUUGCACCACUUGAGUACCAGUGCAAUUCGCAAUGGUGUCUUGGCCGUGGGUAAUACUACACGAUAUCGCACGAAGUAUCUCACGACCAUCUAUUAUAAACCUUCAUGACGACUUAUCGGCUGGCACAGUUGCAUUUGUGCAAUCAGGAGAUCUGCCUGGAUGUAUGGCACAACGAUUCGACAAAUUCUGGACCGUCGGCCUGCUAUCUCGACACCUUUCGAAGGCCUCUUAUGUCGAGGCACUGUCGUCAUACGCAGUCAAUGAUUCAUUUUCCCUAUUUUCUUUUCUUUUCCUUGCGAAGCUGGUUCUUUAUAUCUUCUACCAAUCUUCUACUGCUCUUUUGUGAUGACCGCUUGUACGACGUUCUAUAUUGCUGCACCACGACCGACCAGACAUACAUGACGGACUGACUAGUUACGAUCUCAACAUAUUAGAAUACCCACCAAAAUGUAUCUUCCGUAUGUCUGGAAAACCGUAAAUACAGUUGGAUUAUCUA